AUGCAAAAAUCUCAUUCUCCACAGCCUCGUCGUACGAACAGCAAAUAUUCAUCAUUUCCCUUCAAAUUGCCAAUGAAUAAUCUUGCACUUCCUUUAACCAAUAGCCAUGUGUAAUCAGAUUAGGGUAGAAACUAGAUAAUAUAUGUAGGAUAACAAUCAGGCAAAAAGAUUAAAUAGCUUUUACAAGUGAAUACAAGACCACUUAUCAAUCCGGCAAAAGUUCAAAUUGAUAUUGAAAAAUUACAGAUUAUUAUGAAUGGGAAGUAUGAGAAAAAUAUCUCUAACACUUCCUAUUCAAUGUAGGUUGAAAAUACUCUUAAAGAAUUUAGAACAAAAAUAGAUGAAUAAGACAGUCUAAUUAGAUUGUAGGAAUUCAAAAUUAAUAGAUUAUAAUAAGAGCUCUUGUUCUCAAAAUAAUAAUAUUAGCGAAUGAUGUAAAAAUUUACAUAACUUGAUGGUAAAUAUAACUAUUAUCCAUAAUCAACUAAAUUAACAAAAUCAUAAAUUAGUAUACCAUAAAUUGAAUAAAUGCCUUCAAUAAAUAAAUUACUAUAAGUAGAUAAUAAAAAAAAAAGAAAUAUAAUAGAGAAGAUUUAAGGACUUGUAUUAGAAAAUAAAAAAUUUAAAGAUGAAGUUUAAAAUAAAUUUAAAGAAGUACUUUAACUUGUAAAUGAAUUUGCUAUGGCUGUAAUAUGUUAAGCAUCAUCUCUUUACAUUUAAUAAAUACAAUCUAUAGAAUCUGUAUUUGAAAUGCAUAACAAGUAAUUUGAAAUUAAAUGAUAGUUUUACAAAAAAUGAUUAUCAAGGUAUGAGAGCUUAGUAUGAUAUUUUGAAUAGAGAAAUCUAAAUACUAGAAUAGUAGAAGGAAAUAUUAUAUGAUAAAGUAAUUUCAUUACUUUGA